AUGCCCUCAAAAUCUCAUGCAUAUGAGCUAGUCGGCAGAUAUUUUGAACUCUCCACGCCUUUCUUUCAAUUCCUCCACCGUGGCACAGUGGCGGCCUUUGUCGAAGCACUUUACCAUCAAGGAGGGGAGCACCGAACUGGUCAAGAAGCUAUAUCUCAAGGCCAGGUCACGCUCUUACUCAUGAUUUUUGCGGUCGCCACUUCUGAUAAGGGCGAAGAUAAUGCUUCUGAGGAGUCCUUGAACUAUAGACAAAGUUCUGGUGAAUUGUUCCUUGAAGCUGCGCAACGACGUUUACAAAGAGAAUGUGGAGCACCAACCCUUGAUUCAGUUCAGGCAAGGCUUGUUGAAUGUCUCCAUCUGUUAUCAACCCGAUACGCGAAUGAAGUCUACUCGAAGUUCGGAACCACAGUGGCAUUGAUCAUCACCCUAGGUCUACAUCGUCGCAAGCGCCCCGGAGGUUACCGAUCGGAAAUGGGAGCUGUUGAGCACGAAUGCCGCAAACGUACCUUCUGGGCUGCCUAUGUUCUAGAUAGGUAUCUAAGCGUCAUGGGUGGCCGGCCGCGGAAUCUCCAAGAUUUCGACACCGAUCAGGACUUUCCAGCAAGAGUACAUGACGAUGAACUAACCUCCGAAAGCAUAAAAUUCCGAGAUGAUCAAUUCGACUGUGAGAUGGACGCUCCAAUUAUGCAUAUCAAACUUGCCCGAAUCAGCGCCCAAAGCUCUGCUCAGGUCUACCCUCUAAAGCGGAUAACUCAAGACGAAAGGCUCUUACAAGCCCAGCGAAUCACUGCGGACCUUGCAGCAUGGAGAGCGCAGCUGCCGCUGUUCCUCGGGAUGAUCCCCGCCUCAAGCCUCAUCCCUAAGUUUCAACGACAAUCCGUCACUUUACGUCUCGCACAUGCCCACGCGGUUAUUCACGCCAACAGGCCGUUCCUCUUGAGCAAUUUUGCGAAUCCAUCGAAUCCAACUGAGUUACCACAACAGGACGUCUGCUACAUUCACGACUGUGUCACUGCAGCUCGCAGCAUUGUCGAUAUUCUGGAAAACUUCGAUGGCAACGGCAUACCUUUUCAUGCCUGGUGGUUCACCCAGUACGUCUCUUUCUGUGCCGUAGCGGUAAUCUAUAUCUACACAAUACAACAACACCAGAAGGUGAUCUCGACGCCAACACCCCUUGUUUCGAAUAAGACAUCUUGUCAAACAUCAUUUCAAGCCUCAAGCAAAGAGAGAGAUUAUUUUGCGAUCGCAGAGCACUGCCAAGAGAGGCUCGCAGCGGCUGCCAGAGAUAAUUCACCGGGGAAACGUUAUGCUAUCGUUUUGGAGGAGUUACGGCAGGAAACCUGCCGGCACCUUUCCACGUCAAGAUCGCCGUGUGGCGAAGAUGUGGAUACUACUUCACGUAGAAUAGAACAAUCUUCUCAAGUAUCCGGCAUGCACGAUAGUUGGAUGGCCGAAACCGCCACAGAUUUCACGCAUAUCUUUGAUGAUCUAGGGUCGAUGGAUUGGGUUGCACAUUUGCACCACAUGGUAAGCCCCUCGGACUUCUGGAUUCUAUCGCGUGGCAAAAAGAACUAA